UUCACAGAGUAAUGAGAGAGAAACACGAAGAACUUUAGAGAGAAAAAAACAGGAUUCAGAGACACAAUUUUCUCGCAUCUCUCUCUAAAAACUCUCCCAAUCUCUCCUUUCCGACCCUCUUCCUUCUCGCUAUCUCUCUCCACCGCGCCACCCCUCAGCUGAUAUUCCAUCUGAGUUUGCCUCCAUUUCCGUUUUCAUCAUUUUUUGCUCAGGUGGUGCAUUGCUAGGAUCCACCGAUUCAAAUAUUCUAGGGUUUUGGAAAAUUUUGAGGCGGGCAAGUCAAUUUGCCAUGAAGAAUGAUGCUUGCAUAAGAAAGCCUUUCACUUGCCUUAAAUGGGCAAGUGCUGCUGGUUUUGUUUGUGAGAUUCCCUCAGAAAGCUAAGGAGGAUUCACUUUGAAAUAGUUAGAAAAUGGCCCGGGGGAGAAUCAGGGCAAAGUUCCGCAGGAGCAGCCUUUACACAUUUGCUACCUGCCGCAGGCCACGCACUUCCGACGAAGAAGAAACAACCUGCCUUCCUGUCGAAGGGCCUGGUUACUCGCGAGUUGUUCAGUGCAACCAGCCAUAUCUGCACGAGAUAAAACCGCUCAAGUAUUGCACGAAUUACAUAUCCACCACCAAGUACAAUUUCAUAACAUUUAUUCCCAAGGCAGUAUUUGAACAAUUCAGACGCGUUGCCAAUUUGUACUUUCUCCUGGCUGCAGCGUUGUCGCUGACUCCUGUGACACCUUUUGCUCCUCUGAGCGUGAUUGCUCCUUUGGUCUUUGUUGUGGGGCUGAGUAUGGCUAAGGAAGCUAUGGAAGAUUGGCGCCGGUUUGUGCAAGACAUGAAGGUUAACUUAAGGAAAGCGUCUGUGCACAAGCAAGAUGGUACUUUUGGUCCUAAGCCGUGGAUGAAGAUUCGGGUAGGAGAUGUAGUGAAAGUAGAAAAGGAUCAGUUCUUCCCUGCUGAUCUGCUUUUUUUAUCUUCCAGUUACGAAGACGGGAUUUGUUACGUAGAGACUAUGAAUUUAGAUGGAGAGACGAAUUUGAAAGUGAAACGAGCCCUCGAGGUAACACAGAACAUUGAGGAUGAUUCUUCUUUGAAGGAUUUCAGUGGAACCAUCAAAUGUGAGGAUCCAAACUCCAGUCUUUACACUUUUGUGGGGAAAAUGGAAUAUGAUUGUAAGGUGUAUCCCAUCGAUCCAAGUCAAAUACUCCUUCGAGACUCGAAGCUUCGGAAUACGGCCUAUGUAUAUGGAGUAGUUGUAUUCACUGGUCAUGAUAGCAAAGUUAUGCAGAACUCCACGAAAUCUCCUUCUAAGAGGAGUACAAUCGAGAAACAAAUGGACAAGAUAAUUUACAUCCUUUUCAUUGUUUUGGUGGUCAUGUCAGUCAUGAGUUCCAUCGGUUUUAUUAUGAAGACGAAAUAUGAUUUGCCAAACUGGUGGUAUUUACAGGUUCCGGACCAUGAACAUCUAUAUGAUCCUCAGCAACCGCUGCAAUCAGGGUUUUAUCACCUGGUUACUGCUCUUAUGUUGUACGGGUACUUGAUACCGAUAUCUCUUUAUGUGUCAAUUGAGGUUGUAAAAGUCCUCCAAGCACACUUCAUAAACAAGGAUAUCCAUAUGUUUGAUGAAGAGACCGGAACUCCAGCUCAGGCUCGGACGUCAAACUUGAAUGAGGAAUUAGGUCAAGUUGAUACAAUCCUAUCAGAUAAAACCGGAACCUUAACAUGCAACCAAAUGGAUUUCAUUAAAUGCUCGAUUGCUGGCAUUGCAUAUGGCACUCGUCCUAGUGAUGUCGAACUUGCUGCUGCGGAACUAAUGGUGAGGGAUAUGGAUGGUCAGGGUCAAAGCGGAAUGUCUCAAUCGGCAGAUAAAAGUCAAGAAUUUGUGAAAUCGGAAAUCCAAUUGGAGACUGUUGUUACUGCGAAAGAUGACAUGCUUAGGCUGCCGAUAAAGGGGUUUGGCUUUGAGGAUAACCGCCUCAUGUCCGGGAAUUGGUUUAACGAGUCGACUGCUGAUGACAUCUUGCUAUUUUUCCGAAUACUAUCGGUUUGUCACAGUGCAAUUCCAGAGCAAAACGAAGAGACUGGAAUCUAUACAUAUGAAGCAGAAUCACCUGAUGAAGGUGCAUUUCUUGUUGCUGCCAGAGAAUUUGGUUUUGAGUUAAGUAAAAGAACACAGUCGGGUGUACAUGUACGCGAGAGAUACCCUUCCUAUGAGGACCCUGUUGAAAGGGAGUACAAACUUCUAAAUUUGUUGGACUUCACUAGCAAGAGGAAGCGAAUGUCUGUAAUCGUUAGGGAUGAAAAUGAUCAGAUUCUUCUCUUCUGCAAAGGAGCUGACAGCAUCAUCUUCGAACGCUUAGCGAAUGGCGGGAAAGAGUAUUUGGAUGUUACCACAAAACAUUUGAGCGAUUACGGGGAGGCCGGACUGCGGACUCUUGCAAUAGCUUACAAGAAACUCGAUGAGGCGGAGUAUAAUGCUUGGAAUGAUGAAUUCAGCAGAGCAAAAACCUCAUUCGGUAGUGAUAGGGAGGCAAAUCUGGAGCGGGUGUCUGAUAUGAUGGAAAGGGACUUGAUACUUGUUGGUGCAACUGCUGUGGAGGACAAAUUACAGAAAGGAGUGCCUCAGUGCAUCGACAAACUUGCACUAGCUGGUUUGAAGAUUUGGGUUCUGACAGGUGAUAAGAUGGAAACUGCAAUUAAUAUAGGAUUUUCUUGUAGUUUGCUUCGGCAAGGAAUGAAGCAAAUUUGUAUAGCAGUCAAUCCUGAAGUUUUUGAGUCCAACGAGAGUUCUUCUGUAGAGGAGGGAAUCUUAAAGCAAAUUACCGAUGGUUUCCAAAUGGUAAAGCAAGAAAAGGAUCCUAAUGCUGCAUAUGCAUUGAUCAUCGAUGGAAAGACUCUAGCAUAUGCACUGGAGGAUGACUUGAAGCAGAUAUUUUUGAGGUUAGCUGUUGAAUGUGCUUCGGUCAUAUGCUGCCGAGUCUCCCCUAAGCAGAAAGCUCUUGUAACCAGAUUAGUAAAAGAAGGAACUGGGAAAAUAACAUUAGCAAUUGGUGAUGGUGCAAACGACGUUGGCAUGAUUCAAGAAGCUGACAUUGGAGUUGGCAUCAGUGGAUGUGAAGGAAUGCAGGCUGUGAUGGCUAGUGACUUUGCCAUUGCCGAGUUUCGGUUUCUUGAGAGGCUUCUGGUAGUACAUGGACAUUGGUGUUACAAAAGGAUUGCUCAAAUGAUUUGCUACUUCUUUUACAAGAAUAUCGCGUUUGGCCUCACAAUCUUCUAUUUCGAGAUGUUUGCUGGUUUUUCUGGGCAGUCAGUGUACGACGACUGGUACAUGCUGCUAUUCAACGUCGUUCUCACUUCGUUGCCCGUCAUUUCACUCGGUGUUUUCGAACAAGAUGUGGACUCUGAAGUAUGCUUGCAGUUCCCAGCUUUGUAUCAGCAAGGCCCGAAAAACCUAUUCUUCGACUGGCUGAGGAUAUUCGGGUGGAUGGCGAACGGUCUCUACGCCUCCCUCAUCAUCUUCUUCCUCAACAUCAUCAUCUUCUACGACCAAGCUUUCCGCGCCAGUGGCCAGACGGCCGACAUGACGGCCGUCGGGACCGCCAUGAUGACCUCCGUGCUCUGGGCCGUCAACGUCCAGAUCGUGCUGACGAUGAGCCACUUCACGUGGAUCCAGCACGUCCUCAUCGUCGCCAGCAUAGCCACGUGGUACCUCUUCCUCCUCGUCUACGGAGAGCUGCGGCACGCCCUCGAUGUGAACGCGUUCAGGAUCCUCCUCGAGAUCCUCGCCCCAGCCCCGAUCUACUGGUCCUCGACCCUCCUGGUCACGGUCGUGUGCAACCUCCCGUACUUUGUCCACAUCUCGUUCCAGAGGUCGCUGAACCCGUUGGACCACCACAUCAUCCAGGAGAUCAAGUACUACAAGAAGGACAUCGAGGACGGGCGCAUGUGGAGCCGGGAGAGGUCCAAGGCGCGGCAGAAGACGAAGAUCGGGUUCUCGGCGAGGGUUGACGCCAAGAUCAGGCAGCUCAAGGGGAGACUGCACAGGAAAUACUCAGUAGUGGCCAGUGGCCAUUCUUCUCCAGCAAGGCAACACAAUUGAUACACACACAUGUAUGUAAGUAUAGAUUCUUGAUUCUUGAAAAGAAAAAUGUGUUGUGUUGACCUGAUUCAGUUUUGUAAAGGGUUUUGGCUGGUUGGAGAGUUUCUCUCUCAUAGUUGAGUUUCUCUCUCAUAGUUGAGUUUCACUGAGGUGAAAAAUCUUUGAGGUGAAAGCUCUCCAUGCCUGUGUAUGUAAAAUAUAUGUAUAGCUUCUUUAUAUUUCUUUCAUUAUAUAUAAAAUAUCUAACCGAUCUCACUCGAAUUGUGAGAA